AUGGGAUCAAAAUCAAAAUUAUUUGAUUUACAAAAAAAAUUUAUGAAAUGUAGUGAUGAUAUUGAUGAAAUUGAAAUCGAAUAUCGUAAUAAUAAUAAUAAUAUUAAUGAUACAAGUGAAUUGAAUCGUUUAUUGAUUCGAAUCGAUAAAAUUAAUCAAGAAUUUUCUCAAUUAUUAUCCAUUGUAAAUCGAAGCAAUAAUCAAAAAUUGUUUGAUGAAUUUGGUGAAUUUUCGAAUGGAAUUAAAAAACAAAUAAAAGUAUUGAUUGAAGCUAUUGAAAAAUCUAUUGAUUCGAUUUCGAAACGUGAACAUGAACAACAUCAUGAUGAACAAAAACCAUCGGCAACAACAACAACAUCGUUGGAAAAAGCUGAAAAACAAAAUUUUAUCGAAUCGAAUAAGGAUGAUGAAUGUUCGAAUGAAAUUUGUCGUUGUUGGUUUUGUUGGCGAAAAAAUCCGGAUCUUUUAGCCAAAGAUCAAGAUGAUUGGUGGCGUAUUAAUAUAAGAAAUUUUUUCCGUCAAUAUCAAGAUCUAACAACAGUUAGAUUUUUAUGUCGAUUUCGUGAAGCUCGUUUAAAUUUAUUUAUUAAUUUAUCAAUGGAUGAACGUUUACGUCUGAUACGAUGGAUGUUUGAAUUAUUAAUCAUUGAAUUUUAUGAACAAAUUGAUCAUCUGGUUGAGCCGAUUGUGAAAAUUGCAUCAAUGUUGAAAAUUGAUAAUUGGAAUCAUACCAUAAUGGAAUGGUUACGUGAACGUAUUGAAUCCGGUAUCUAUUCGGAUGUUUGUGAUUAUGAAAAAUUACACGGGCAAAUUGAUCAAUAUUCCGAUAUAAUACGUGAACAAUUUGAAUUGAAUAAACAAAAAUCAUUGAAUCAUUAUUGGAAUACUAUUUAUUUGAUAAUCGUUAUGUUUGAUCGUAAUGUAAUCAAUUUUAAUCCAAAUGAUUCAAUGGAUUUUUUGUUAAGAAUUUUGAAAUUUUUAUUAGAAAAUUCACAAUCCGAUCAUCAUCCAGAAAUUUAUCUAGAUCUUUUGAUUGAUUCAUUGGGAAUUUCGGCACCAAAAUUAUUGAUAUCGAUUAAAAAAGCUCGAAUGGAAUUUAAAAUUAAAGAAUUUUUUACUGAAAUUCAACAUGUUUUAUUGCAAACAACAUUGAUUUCGAAUAAAGAUGAACGGUAA